GCCCAGGCUCGAUUUGCCCGCGCACGGCAAUCAGGAAAAUACCUUAAAAGGCUAAACUUGAUAUGAAGUGGAUCUCUAGGUGUGACCACUUGACGUUCACAAAAAGGUGACAUUUUCAUCCAAAGUAUAUUACAGUUCAUUUCAUUGUUGUCUGCAGCUGCAUUCAGAGCCAGAGGUCUCAAGUUCGGAGUGCCGUCAGUUCAGGCAGUUAAAACCUAAGUUUUACUCCGUUUGUUUUUGGUUUUGUAUUUUUUAAAUCAUGAAAAGUGUGCUGAUUGCUGUUCUUAUUCAUUCUCUUCUUGUACGUGGAUUACCUCGGCCAAAGCGGUAAGUGGACAUUUUUUAAAUCACAUUUUCCAACUGAAAAAGAGAAACUGAUUAUCUUUGUUGUAAGAAAUAAAUCGUAUAGUAUCGAACCCAUUCAAACGUGCGGGUUAACUGCAACUUAUUGCAAGUAGUAUAAACAAGGGCGUCAUGCCUUGGGGGAGACGAGGGGGGUGGCACUUUUUGGUCAUUUAUAUAUAGACUAUAUAACAAAGUCGUCUGUUGACCGACUUUGGAUUUUCUGGCAUUUUGAAAAUUAGUCGAAAGUUUACUCGAAACCUUGUAUCACAUAAUUAUAUUAACCUUUAUUUUAUAUUUCAUUUUUUUGUUGCAUGGGUUUCCAAAUUUACCUCCACUCUUCAUGGUUUUUCAUUCGUUUAUUUCAUAUGUUCGUAGGUUGGUAAAGAGAGCUGCAAACCUUAAUCCCGGAUUCAACCUGGAGGCAUUCCGCCAAGACCAACUGGACCUACACAAUCAUUACAGACAGCUUCAUGGUGUUUCUCUGAUGACCAAGGAUGACACGUAAGGAACUAAACUGAAUUUUACUUUAUUUCCUUCAUUAACAAGUGCAACCGUCUAUCAGAAAGCGUCGGAUUGUGGGAAUGCAACGAGAAGAAUACAAGAAAAACGUCGCCGGACAUUUUGAACGAAGGCUAUCCCUGUCAAUCUGAAGCUUUCUUAUUAUUGCCACUAUACCUACACUGCAGGACAUUUUUUAACAAUAUAACUGCUGGGGCAUUUACCCCAGUAGGCUCUUUGCUUGCCCCAGUAGUGAACCAAUAUUUUCAGAUGAGCUGGGCCCUUUUGAUCAUUAAUAAAAAAUCAGUCCUUGUUGAAAAAGCUACGUUUUCAUGCUUUCUCAUAUCCUCUCACAUUCUCGACAUUCCAUCUUAUAUAAAGGUCAGCAUAGCAUGGUCUAUGUACGCGUAACUGUGUGAGGAAAAAGCCUUUAUUAAAAAAUGCCCUGCUACACUGGCAUAUAACGUAUAUAGUGAACGAUUGAUAUGGCCGUAUUGGAUAGUAAAUAGCCUGGUGAUGGAAGCGAUACGAAGUAGGAUCAUUCAUUCCAUGCAGUCAAGUAAUAAAGUCGCGUGUGGUCGGUUUUGGUUAAACUGUAAAACAAAAAGUCCAAACUGCGCACUUUCCAAGUGUGCAUUUGUUUAAAUUCUUGACGAUUCUUUAAAAUUUACCUAAAUAUUAUUUUUUAACUUUUUCAUGCUUCUAUCUUCUUUAGGAUGACCCAAGAAGCUCAAGAUUACGCGGAAUAUUUGGCAGAGAAAAAUUUAUUUCAACAUUGUGGCCGAGGUGAAUCCUGUAAUCCUGGCGGAGCUGGGGAGAAUUUAGCGUAUGCUGGGGGCCACAUGUCUGUCGAGACCAACGCCACAUUGAGAUGGUAAGA